AUGAAAAAUUGUGGGGAGGCUAGAUUUCCCGCACAGAAUGCCAAAAGCACCAUAGCCAUGACCGUCGAUUUCUUUGUGAAUCCUGAGACGUUACUUGCGGCCAGUGAUAGCAUCAACGGGCAUGGCGGAGAACUGCCGUCACAAUCAUUUCCAUCUUCGAAAGCAAUAAUCCCCUCAAUAUGGAAGGUUAUCCUCUCAAUCCAAGCUUAG